AUGAGAGAAAGCAUUGCAAAUAUGGCUCGUCUGGUGCUGGUGACCGAUGGAGGGCAACGGCUUCACGGGAGAUUGGCAGCAUUGAACCACAUUGCUGGGUCUGUUCUGCGCAAGAUGAGUAGGAAAGGGCAAUUAGAUGCUGAGCUGAACGCUGCAGUUCUUUCUGAUCUUGCUGCUUCGUUCCUUGUCGAUGAUGGUGAUUAUGGGGAUGCCGGCGAGCGCCUUCGGCUUGGCAGACAGCUAACAUUGUGGGCAGAGCGUUUAGGAGGCUCUAGUCCAGCCUAUCUCCACCUACCUUUGGCAAAGCUAGCACGUAAAACAGGAAAUCCAUUAGUAGCCGGCGUACAUUUGCACAAAGCAAGCAGCAGUCCUGUUCUCAUCAACAACAGUGCUGUUCUAAAUAAUCUCAGAGUAGCUGUCCAGGGAACAAAAAUGAUGUGGGAAAUUGCCUCUCCUGAUCAACGUGCAAGAAGCUUCGUUACCGUUUUUGCUACCCUACAGGGUGGCUAUGAAAUGUUCUGUCAAUCAUAUCAACUACAGGCUGUAGCCAACAUGGAAGUCCCUCCACCCUUUGAAGGGUUGAAUGGUAUUGUAAAUGGCUUUAAUCCCCUGACAGUUUCUUUUGGUGUCCCUCCUCCAAAUGUGGGAGUCUUGUCACCAUCAUCCUCGGCUGCUCUAGGAGAAGAAAUGUCCCGCACCUGCCUUCGUCUUGCGAACUGGCUCGUAAGCACUCCACAGCUAGUUGCUGCAAUCCCUCCAGAGUGCAGGCAAUCCAGGCUUUGGGUAUGUUCACUUGGUAGAUAA